UCGUGGAUAAAUCAGAUGUUUGAUGCUCUUAAUCGGCAUGAAAGUAAAGGAGUGCUGCCUAAUAAUGAAGAUUUUAAAGUUAUUGAGCUAUCACUACAAAAAUUAAAUGACUGGGAAGAAAAUUUCAUUAAGAAGGAAAUACCUGACACAACUUUUUUAACAAUUCCAACGGCAGAAGGACUUCGAGUAACGCUACAAUCUUCCCUGGAUAUUGUUCGGCUAUUGACCGAAAAAUACGGAUUUCCAGCAGUUCCAACAGGAAGAAUUAAUCAGGAUUCUUUAGAGGUUCGCUCAAUUUUAGAGCAAUUAAUAGUACAUAAUAAUAAUUGGUCAUAAAGUAGUGAUAGUAUCAGAAUUAUAACGCUUUAAUUUAACAAUUAACAAUAGAGCGCUCUAACAAU